GACAUCAACUUCCAUCAUGGCUCGCUCGUCACUUCCUUCCUACCUCGUAGUGGCAAGCACAGUCCUUCCUUUCCUUAGUCUGCCUACUUCAGCCGGUCCUGUCAUUACUCGAUCGCUUGGACAACGCACAUUUGACUAUGUGAUCGUUGGCAGUGGCCCUGGCGGAUCAGUAGUUGCGAACCGUCUCACUGAGAUUCCUGGCGUGUCUGUGGCAAUCAUUGAGGCCGGCACCUGGGCUGAAGAAACGUCCGGCAACCUUACCUUUGUUCCGGGUUAUGAUGGAAGCUUCCUGUUAAAAAGUGUCAGUCAGGAGCCUUCGCCGGUUGAUUGGGGUUUCAUCACCACUCCGCAGUCUGGCGUGAACAAUCAGACCAUCCGCUAUCCUAGGGGCAAAGUUAUUGGAGGUAGCUCACGACUUAACGCUAUGGCGUGGGGAGAAUCUUCUGUCGGAACGUUCCAAAAGUGGGCCGACGAAGUGGGCGACGCUUCAUUUACCUAUGACAACAUCCGACAGUACUACAAGAAACCUGUUCACUUUUCGCCGCCCCGUGAAGGAACUCGGUUUGCGAACGCGACACCCACUUUCAAUGCCGAAGAUGUGGGCUCCAGUGGAACACUUCAAGUGACGUACCCACCUUACGCUUACAGCUGGACUACGUGGCUCGCCAAGAUGCUUGAUUCUGCAGGCAUGAAGGCUACAGCAAGCUUUUCGAAUGGCAAUCUCAAUGGAUCUGCAUGGCACAUGUCCGCAGUUGAUCAAGCCACGGGAACUCGAUCCUGCGCGGAUGUGGCUUAUUUGCGACCGAUACUUGAUAAAAGUACCCUGACGGUCUUCGACAAUACAUUGGCAGAGCAAAUUAUCUUUGACAAUAAGAAGACUGCCACGGGCGUCAGGGUGAGCUCGAGUAAGGGGGCUUUCACUGUUAUGGCGACGAAGGAAGUCAUCGUCGCUGGUGGUGUGUUCAUGUCGCCUCAACUACUACAGGUGUCUGGAGUCGGGCCAAAGAAGCUUCUGCAGAAGUACAAUAUUCCCGUUGUGGCCGAUCGUCCCGGAGUGGGACAGAACAUGCAAGAUCAAAUAUUCGCCGACGUUGUCUAUAAGGUCGACCUACCCACAAGCUCGACUUUAGGCAUUACUGAGGUUGAUAUCCAAGCCUGGAAAACGAAUGGUACCGGUCCCUUGAGCAAUCCGGGAGGUGAGUUCGGUGGGUUUGAGAAAAUCCCCCAAGAUCUGCGCGUUGGCUUCUCCAAGGCCACGUCGAAAACCUUACAAUCAUUUCCCGCGGACUGGCCCGAAAUUCAGUAUCUUUCGCUUCCCACAUUCCUCGGUGAUCUCGGGACCACACCCCGUCCCACCGACGGAGGCAACUAUGCCAGUCUCAUGGGCACACUCAUGACACCAACCUCACGCGGCACCGUCACCAUCUCAUCUUCCAGUAUGCAUGAUGCCCCAAUCAUCGAUCCCAAAUGGAUGACGACCAAGGAAGACCUGGAGGUCAUGACGGCUAUUUUCAAGCGCAUGCGGCAGAUAUGGACUACUCCCGCGAUCAAGAAGAUCACCAUUGGAGAUGAGGCAUGGCCAGGACCCAGCAUCAAAACAGAUGAAGACAUUGUUGCGUUCCUGAAACAGACAGCUACGCCAAUGUCUCACGCGACUUCGACGAACAAGAUGGGUAAGAAGAAUGAUCCUCUGGCAGUGGUGGACAGUCAUUGUAAGGUGCUCGGCGUCAAAAGCCUGCGUGUGAUCGAUGGGUCAGCUCUCCCGUUCCUGCCCCCAGGUGAAGCGCCUCAAUCUGCAAUCUACAUGCUAGCCGAGAAAAUCGCUGAAGGUAUGAAGCAUGGAAACUAGGGAAUCGGUGUAAGGCUUGUUUUGAUACUGUCUGAUGUGGUGUCCUGAACUGGGGUGGUCGUGUACAUUUUCUCCUCCGGAGCGUGAUGAUCAGUUCAAGGAUUAGACGACCUGGAAC